AUGUUCAGGAAUCGAAGUUUGCAUUUUCCUUUUGAGAGAUUUGGCAUAGAUACAUCGCAUUGGUUAUUGAAAUGCAUGGCAGGGUGGGUAUUCAUUCAAUCUUCCGUGCUAGUAAGAACUGUAUACGUUGGACAUCGUACGGGUAAAGUCGCGAUAUUGUCACGACUCAGUUGCGAGCGAGUUGGCACCCGCUUUAACGUUCGGGGAGCAAACUCUCAGGGUUGCGUUGCGAAUUUCGUGGAAACUGAGCAGGUCAUAACUUUCGACGAGUGUGAGUGCUCCGUAGUGCUAGUACGAGGGUCCGUACCACUGUUCUGGGAACAGCCUGGGGUCCAGGUUGGCUCUCACAAGGUGAAGGUUAGAGCAUUUGAAGCGAGUGCGUCAGCUUAUCACAGGCAUUUCCUGCGGCUAACGUCCAUGUAUGGAAAAACUACUGUUGUGAAUCUUCUAGGAAGCAAAGAGGGUGAAAGAGCUCUGUCGGAUGCAUUUAGGACGCAGCACAAGAGUUCCAAAUUUGCCGAUAUCGUGGAAUUCAUAGAUUUUGAUUAUCACUCACAAAUGAAAAUCUCCAAGGAAUCUCUAGUCAGACUAAUCAAGAGACUUGCCCCGUUUACCCAGGCGUCUUCGUUUUAUCUUUAUAAGGAUGGGAAUGUGAGAAGCGAACAAUGCGGUGUUUUACGGGUUAAUUGCUUAGACUGCCUAGAUCGAACUAAUUCCGUACAGACCGCUGUCGGUUUAUUGGUGAGUGCAUAUUCCGUAGCUCGAGACCAAGUUGCUUCACUUAACUUAGAAUCUGGCAAGGUGAAUGUAGCCCAGCGAAUUGAAGAAAUCUUACGGGAUCUCUGGCAGAAGAAUGGUGAUCUUUGUAGUAAUAUAUAUGCUGGAACGGGAGCUCUAGAAGGGAAGAGCAAGGUG